CUUAUUAAACAAAGAAGAUCGACCAUAUCGUAUCACAUCGUACCGCAGCUCCACACCCAAGUCUUUCUUUUAAACAUCACGUCCAUCGCAUACCUUUUGCACCAAACAGCAUGUCGAUUCAAUUUGUCAAGGUUGCAUCUCUGGUCCCUGAUCAACACCACUGUAACCUCCAACUUCGAGUCCUUUCUGUCGAAACGAUCGCGGAAACUGUUCAUCCUGAAACCGGCAAGAUCAUUCAAUCCGCAGAGGCUAUUGUAGGCGAUGAUUCUGCCUGCAUCCUCUUGAACCUCAAGAAUGACCAGGUUAAUCUUUUGGCCUACAAUGCAAGACUGCAGGUGCUGAAUGCGCAUGUGAACAUGUAUCGUGGCUUUAUGCGCCUCGAAGUUGACGAAGACGAAGAGAGCGAUGAAGGAUCAGCUCCCGAAGCCCGAGACAGGCCCUUUAUUACAAUGAUUCCAUGUGAAGAUGAUGAUGACCCAGAUCACGACUUGAGUCGGAAUGGAGAUGAAGUGAUAACAACAAUGGCAGUGGACGCGGAUAUCGGUGGAUCGUACUCAAAUAGGCUUAUGGAGCUUGAAGAACCAGCACUGUCAUCGUCUACAGUUGCAGCAGGGCCUAGAGCAACAGUAGGACCUGGAGCAACAGCAGCACCAGCAUUAGCAUCAGCACCGGAAUCAGUGGCAGCAGCGGUAGCGGCGGUCGCGUCUGGAUCUUCGUCGAGCUUUCUGGCCGCGAGUGCAACUCCGUCGCCAUCGCCGUUGUCGCCGUCGUCCUUGAGUCGAGACCCGCUAAGGAUCGAGAUGAGACUUGGAACAGGAGGUAGUGUUCCCCUAAUGGAAUACUACCGUAUGGUUGAAUUUGAGUACUUUUCAACGGUGGAGCCUGUUGGACGUUAGGAUAGAUAGGUAGGGAGGGAGGGAGAGAGGGAGGAAAAAUAUGUCUCCCAAGGAGGUUGCCAGUACCAUAGAAAGAAGGGGCGUGUUUCUUCCUUUUUUUUUUCUUUUUUCUUAAUGCAUUGGUCCCGAUGCGCUUC